GCUUUGGCUGGGUGCCGCCGUCGCCCGAUCCUGGGCGGGCUGGAGGACUGCGAGGCGCUCCGUCGAGACUUUCCCAGCGGGCAACGAGCCGUGCCCGCCCCCGGUGCUGUACAACCAGCGGUGGGUGCAGCUGGCGAUCCUGGCGCUGCUCGCCCUGCUGAGCGACUGG